UCUUGAUUUAAUAGCUCAAAACCUUCGUUUGCAUGUCUGAACAGGAGGAUACCGUGCUUGUUAGUCCGGAAGAAUAUAACAUGAAGCCCUCUGUAGCUAUUAUUAAGGAUAUUCGAGAAACGAGAGAUGGGAGGAUUAUGGUGACUGGUCGGAGGUUUUAUCGACCCGAGAUUGCAGUAAAUGAAGAUGGAGGAAAGUGGGGGUCCGAGGAAGAAAGGGAACUAUUUUAUAGUUUUGAUGAGAUAGAGUUUGCAGCUGAGUCAGUUAUGCAUAAGUGUCGGGUGCAUUUUGUUCCACCAAACAAAACGAUCCCGAAUGUUCGAGAAUAUCCUGGUUUUUUUGUUGAAAAGGUUUACGAUGCAAAAUUAAAGAGAUUGUGUGGGAUAGUCGAUGUAGGUUAUGGAGACAACAAGCAACAUGAGCUUUUUGGGCUUGUUCAGAAAACAAUCGAUCGGAUCCCUAGUUGGCCUCUCAAGUUGUAAUUCAUAUUUUAAAUUAAUUAGGUUGUCUAAUGAGAAACUAUUCUAACUCUGAUAAUUUUAGAUUAAGACUAUGUAAUUGUGUUUGCAUGAGUGCACUACUUAUGUGUCAACUCCUUAACGUGAUUUGUUCAAGCACAUUGAAUUAAUAUAAACCGUUAGCUUUGAUGCUUGUAAUCCGUAUUCGCUUGUAAACAUAACGCUUGUUUUUCUAUAGAC